GAUGAAAAUGAAAAACACACAUAUUUUUUAAGUUACUUCUAUGAAAACACUAUUGAUAGCUGGUCUUAUUCAGGUUUUAUUAACUACGCCUUUAUUAACAAGUUACUUUUAUUUAAUCUCGCGAGAUCUUAUAACAACCAGUACAAGAAGUAUCUAGACGUGAUCGAACAAAAGCAUGGCCCUUUAUCAAAAGAAAACUUGAAGUGUGUGUCAUUAUUAAGCAGAGUGUUAUAUGCUUCACCCUGUGUUUCCAUGAAAAAAAAUUUAAUAGCUAAGCUUAGUGAAUUGACACGAAAAGAAAUAGUCGAAGAAUACAAAUACCAAACUUCAUUAAAUACACAUGUAAGAGAGGAAAAGCAAUUAUAUUCUGGCCAACAAUUAGAGCUACGCAAGCGUUCUCCUGAGCAAAGAUCAACUGAUCCCAUUAAGAGUUCUCCUGAACAAAGGUCGACCAAUUCUAUUAAGAGUUCUCCUGAACAAAGAUCAACCGACCCCAUUAAGAGUUCUUCUGAACAAAGAUCAACAAACCAGAUUAAGAGAUAG